AUGGCGCUUCCCACUGUCAAUGUGGAUAAUGUAACUAAACUUCUUGAAGAGUCUCUCUGUAAACUGGGAUUUGAAAUUAAACCUUUAAAGGUUGGUUGGUAUAAUCAUGUGCUGCCUGCCUCACUCCAGCUGUCCUAUCCAGAGGACACACUUGCUGUGGUGGUCCUUAGUACCCCUUCCAUGUUUGAAUUAUCGUUCUUGCCAUUUCUGGAGCAGCAGCACUUUCACAGACUGUCUGACCCCAUAGACCAGUGUGUGAAGCACUGUGUGUCCUCUGCUGUCUCGCAGUGUUUUUCAAACCAUGCAAUUGCUGUUUCAUAUGACUAUGAGCUGUUCCCAAGUCGCAAACCAAAGUUUUUGGCUCAAACUGCUGCACAUGUUUCUGGAGCAGCUUUCUACUACCAACAGUCUGAUGUCCCACAGCAGCCCUGGGGAGACAAGAAGAUGUAUGGAGUGUGUGUGCAUCCACGGUUCGGUGGCUGGUUUGCCAUUAGAGCUUUGAUAGUGUUUGAAGAUGUGAUACUGGGUCCCGAGCUUAAGCAGCCUCUUCCUCCUGACUGUGUUCCCUCUAGAGAAGACCGGAUACGUUUACUGGAGGCUUUCAACUUUCACUGGCAGGACUGGACUUAUAGGGACAUCAUCAGCCCAGUCCAGACCUACUCACAGAAACAAAAAGACUACUUUGGCACUCUACCUGCACAGCGUAUUGAUCUGUUAAAGACCUGGGGAUUUCUACAGAAAGACAACUCUGAAGAGACUGAGCUGAAACAGAGAAAAGGGAAGUCUCAGUGUUCCAGAGCAGAUCAGUUGUGGAUGAGUGAAGCGUUUUCCGCCCACAGACAUGAGUUAACCAGAGGGCAGCAGAAAGGCCAGCAGCAAACCAGCUACAAGAGGCACCAGUGCUCAGUGGAGGCGGGGGAUGCCCAAAAUCUGUACACAUGA